CUUUUCCACGUUUGCAAACGCCGGCGCGCGCCCAGGCCGGGACACACGCCGUCCGAGCUCCCGCGCGCUCUCUCCAGCUCCUCACCGCGCCCCCCCGCCCCCGGCUGCUCCUCGCUCCUUUCCUUGCUGCCCCCAAUGGCGCUCAGGGCCCGGAGCUGGCGGCCCCCGCCGCCGCCGCUGCUCCUGCUGCUGCUUUGGGUGACGGGGCAGGCGGCGCCCGUGGCGGGCCUGGGCCUGGGCCCAGACGCGGAGCUGCAGAUCGAGCGGCGCUUCGUGCCGGACGAGUGCCCGCGUACCGUGCGCAGCGGCGACUUCGUGCGUUACCACUACGUGGGCACCUUCCCCGACGGCCAGAAGUUCGACUCCAGCUAUGACAGAGACUCCACCUUCAACGUGUUUGUGGGAAAAGGACAGCUCAUUGCAGGAAUGGACCAAGCUCUGGUCGGGAUGUGUGUAAAUGAGAGGCGUUUUGUGAAGAUUCCCCCAAAGCUCGCCUAUGGAAGUGAUGGCGUUUCUGGUGUGAUCCCUCCAGAUUCAGUGCUUCAUUUUGAUGUACUCUUGAUGGAUAUUUGGAAUUCUGAGGACCAGGUUCAGAUUCACACUUAUUUCAAGCCUCCCAGUUGCUCACGGACCACCCAGGUGUCGGAUUUUGUAAGGUACCACUACAAUGGAACAUUCUUGGACGGGACACUCUUUGAUUCGAGUCACAAUCGCAUGAAGACUUAUGACACGUAUGUGGGGAUUGGCUGGCUGAUUCCUGGGAUGGACAAAGGGCUGCUGGGGAUGUGUGUGGGGGAGAAACGCAUGAUCACCAUCCCUCCUUUUCUGGCCUACGGGGAAGACGGAAACGGGAAAGACAUACCUGGACAGGCAUCUCUGGUCUUUGAUGUUGCGUUAUUGGAUCUCCAUAACCCCAAGGACGGUAUUUCCAUUGAGAAUAAAGUAGUGCCUGAAAACUGUGAGCGAAGAAGUCAAAGUGGGGACUUUCUCAGGUAUCAUUACAAUGGCACGCUUCUAGAUGGCACCUUUUUUGAUUCCAGCUACUCCCGGAACCGCACGUUUGACACAUACAUCGGGCAGGGCUACGUGAUUCCUGGGAUAGAUGAAGGUUUACUUGGUGUUUGCAUUGGAGAGAAGCGGAGGAUUGUGGUCCCUCCUCAUUUGGGGUAUGGAGAGGAAGGAAGAGGGAAUAUUCCUGGCUCAGCCGUGCUGGUGUUUGACAUCCACGUGAUUGACUUCCACAACCCCUCUGACUCCAUCAGCAUCACCUCCCACUACAAGCCCCCCAACUGCUCAGUGCUGAGUAAGAAGGGAGAUUACCUCAAGUAUCACUACAACGCCUCACUUCUGGACGGGACUCUGCUGGACUCCACGUGGAAUUUAGGCAAGACGUAUAAUAUUGUUUUGGGAUCUGGACAAGUCGUGUUGGGAAUGGACAUGGGUCUCAGAGAGAUGUGCGUUGGAGAGAAACGAACAGUGAUCAUUCCGCCCCACUUGGGCUAUGGGGAGGCUGGUGUAGAUGGAGAAGUGCCUGGCAGUGCUGUGCUCGUGUUUGACAUUGAGCUGCUGGAGCUGGUGGCGGGUCUCCCCGAGGGGUACAUGUUCAUAUGGAACGAUGAGGUGUCGCCCAACCUCUUUGAAGAAAUCGACAAGGAUGGCAAUGGAGAGGUCCUCCUCGAAGAGUUCUCCGAGUACAUUCACGCCCAGGUGGCAUCUGGUAAAGGAAAGCUCGCGCCUGGUUUUGAUGCUGAGAUGAUUGUGAAGAACAUGUUCGCCAACCAGGACCGGAACGGAGAUGGGAAGGUCACAGCAGAGGAGUUUAAACUCAAAGACCAGGAGACCAAACACGAUGAACUCUAAACUCGACACGGGCCGGUUGGUGCCAGGGAGAGCGUGACACCAAGCCACCUGUUGUGGCAGAAUGUCCAGUGAGGUGCGAGCUUCUCUUAGAAGGCACAUCAUUAGCAAGCAGUAGAUGGGUCACAUUGUCCCUGGUGCAUACAUCAGGGCAGGGGCGAUACACAGGGUGAGAAUUUUAGGCCAACUGCUGGUAGUACUAAACAAAAUCAGUGUGAAGUGCCUUAGCCUGGGACGUGCCGAGUAUGGAAAAGGCUGCACUGCCAACCUCACAUUGCUUGGUGAGCCUUCUGGGUUAUUUUGUUAGUAAAAGACAGUAGUGUCAUACAAAAAUUAUAACCAUCUUGGAUGGCAGAGAAAAAAAGUGUUCAGGGUGUUUAUGUAAAGAGGGUUUUUUUUUUUUUUUUUUUAAAGUUGCUAGUGUUUUAAACAUGUUCUCCAGAUGGGCAGGGAUGACAAAAGGCGUGUCUGGCAGGAUUCCCAGAAAACAGCUGUGGCCUUUACCAGCAGCUGUAAAGGCUCUGGUGAUACCCGGCUUCCCCUGCUGGCAGGUUUGCUUUUCCAGCUAAUCACACCCCUUUGUGGUCUCCAAUUGGCAGUGUGACUUUGAGUUUAAGAAGAGUCUGCUGGACAGAAAAACCAGGGGACCAAACAAAAGGGGUCUUGGACCACAGUAGAGAAUUUGAUUCUGCAUCUGCCGCAUAGAUCGUCCACUUGACUCUUUCUUACGUCAUGGUGUCCUGUAGAGCGCUCUCCUCCAAUCCGGAAUGGGUUUAUUUACGUAGAUAUAGGAGGCUGGUGGCUGGACUUCACUAGCAGUCAAAAAGGGAUUUCACUGUGGCAGAGACAGACAUGUAGCCCGGCAGGUGAUCUCCUGGGGAUCAACAAGGUGAUAUUUUUCUGCCAUUCAUUUGUGACCUGGAUAAGGCCGGGGCAUCUCUCUGCCAUAGGAAAACCUCUGCCUUCCUGUUCCCACGUUGCUGUCUUGUGGCCCCUGUUCCCAAGAGGUUGUGGCACUUACCCUGAAGUCAUCAAUGAUUUUUCCUUUUGAAAAUGGCUUGUUUUACUAAUUUAAACGAUUUUGUACUGAUGUAGCCCUGAGAUAGUUCAUGCAAAUGCUGUGCACUUGUUAAGUGAAAUAAAUGUUGGAAAACUGAUCUUUUCUUAUAUAAAAUAUUGAAUUAUA